AUGGGGAAUUCACUGUCAAUUGAGUCGGAAAGGUUCAACAAAGCCCUUGAAAUCGAUCUUCCACGAGAUUUCGGCCGAUACGACGACGAGGGCUUUCCUUUCACUAAAGUGAGACAGAGAACUGCUCAAAAAUUGAAUAUCUAAUACAAUUCAGAAUGCUCGAAAAGCAUUGAAUAAGAUCCGGCAGAUGAUGGAAAAAUCACAGCCCAUGGAGUUGUGGUACGGUCAGCUGGUGCGAAUGAACGAUCACAUGGAAGAGUGAGGAAUUCCAUGAAAGUGAAAAAAUAAUAUUUCUUUCAGUAAGCGUGUGGAUUCGAUGAGAGAGCCGGAUGUGCAACACGCAACAAGGCUGCAGAGAAAACUGAGAGCUUCCCCGAGAAGCUACGUCAUGAAAAGAAGGUAAGUAGGUACCAAUAUUUCGAUGAUAACCACCGGUUUCAGUGUUUCUGCUCCCGAACGUUUGGCGAGUCUCAGCCGAAGGAAAUAUGUGGAAAAGUUGGACUUGCAGCUGUCGAGAAGCAAGUCCGUUGUGGAAAUCGAACUGGCCAAUUGGUUCGGUGAGAAUCGCAUUCGAAAUAAUUAUUCAAUAAUGACCCAUUCAGGAGUGAACGUGGAUGAUCUUGUUCAUAAAAUUUAUCUCAAGUAUCUGGCUGUGGAUCCACUUCUAGAAGAUUUUGAAGAUCCAGACGACGAAGAAUACGAAGAGAACAUGGAGAAUGACGGUGGCUGCCAAUGUCAUCAGCACCGCAAAGUGGACGAACUGAACAGAAUGGGAGAGAAGCUCAUUGAGGACACUAUGAUGCAAGUGAUCGAGUUCCGCAGACUAUUUGAGGACGAAGCGAUGAAUAGUCCCCGAAAAUCGGAAAGAGAGGCUCACGCGGAAAAGAUCACAGAAAGCGUGAGAUGUCUGAUACAACACACUGCCGUAAAUGUAAGCGAAUCGACAAAAUUCAAAAAAAUUAGAACAGCGUGCCUUACAGUUUGCCGCAAUGAUAAACGCGAACGAUGAGCCUGAGGUUAUCGAUAAUCUGCCGACAACAUCCAAAAGCUGGGCAAAACUGCAAGCGAUGAAGGAAAAGAUUCUGCCGUACAGCGGACGUAAAUCGAAUCGCGCAUUCUUCGACGAAGUUUAUCAAGACUUUCUGAAUCAUACUGACCGAUGCGACUGCGAGUUCAUGAAAGAUGGACGGGGCGAAGAGAACGCAUCCAUUCUGGUGAGCAUCUGGAUACUUCAAAAGUAAACAUUUACUUUCAGGAAGUUGCAAUGCACGCACAUCACCGUUUGCAGGCCGUCGACAAAGUAAAAGAUCAGUUUCUAGAACUUAUCCGCGAGUCUCCAGUUGAAUUGAAUAAUUGCCCGAUCGAGAUGCAGAUCAUAUAUCAGUGUAUGGCGAAGAACCUUCUUCAAGGAGAAGUAUUGGAAAAAGCGAUACAUCUGAAGGAGGAUCAUUCGCGAGAGAGCAAAGAGCCACUCGGAAUGCUCAUGGGGAAGAUUGCUGCCACUUUUCCAACAAAAAAUGAAGUGAUUGACAAAUGA